CACAAUACAUAUAAGCCCCACGUUCCUUCUUUUAUAUCUUUCUAGCUGCCCUUCUCCUUCUCCUUCUCCAAAAUAAUCCUUCCAAACUUUCCUAUCAUUUGCUCUCCCUUUCACUUCACACACACUCCUUCUCUACUUUAUUUAUUUACUUGCCUCACACACUAAUAUCACUUUCUUCUCCUCUAACUAAAUUAUAUAUACUACUAAAUAGAACAAGAGAGUUUCUUCUAGUGACUUCAUCAUUACUACAUUAAUCAAUAUUCCAAACCAAAAAGAAGAGUGUGAGUGUAGUUAUAGUUAGUUAACCCAUUUAAGCUAGAAAUAGAAACUUCACUUGAAACUGUUUUUAGUUAAGACAAUGGAUGAGUGUAAUCAUCUAUCUCUACCUAAAACUUCAUCUUCGGCCCAUUUACCUGACCCGGUUGAAAAGAGACCCAAAAGACCAAGAGAGAGCAACCACCCGGUUUACAGAGGAGUUCGAAUGCGGGCUUGGGGAAAAUGGGUAUCCGAAAUCCGCGAACCGAGAAAGAAGAAUCGGAUCUGGCUCGGAACGUUUGCCACGCCGGAGAUGGCAGCACGAGCACAUGACGUGGCAGCUCUCGCCAUCAAAGGUAACUCCGCCAUACUCAACUUCCCUGAACUCGCCGCUUCAAUGCCCCGACCCGAUUCAAACUCCCCUCGUGAUGUUCAAGCUGCCGCCGUUAAAGCCGCUGCCAUGGAAGUUCCCGAUCAACAAACAUCAUCAUCUACGUUUUCUCCGUCGCCGCCUUCACAUUCUUUGUCUUCAUCUUCAUCGUCUUGUUCAUUGGCGGUAUCUUCCUCCGAUGAACCUUCAACACCAGAUGAACUUGAUGAAAUAGUAGAACUACCAGCAUUAGGAACGAGUUUUGAAUUACCCGACCCGAGUAAUAUGGUAUUUUCAGACCCAUGGCUUUAUUCACACUCUUGGUAUAAUCUUAACAGCAUUUACGAUGAAAGGGAUUAUUUUAUGGAGGAUCAGAUAUCAAUGCAACAAGAAAACAACAACUCUGAAAAUAUUAGUAAAUAUGAUUCUUUCUGGUUUUGAGGGUACUUCUUUGUGGCGGCAGCAGCAGCAGCAGCAUUAACGUUAAUUACCCAUUGGUUUUUUUUUAGCUUUCUACUACUACCUCUUCUUUUCUUUCUUUGUUUGCUUUCAUUUUUGUCUUUUUCUUAGUUAGUUACAUAUUUAAUUUUAUGUGUGAGGGUCCUUUAGCAAUUUUUUCACUUCAAGGGCUAAAUACAUUUCUUGUCUCUAUCGUGUUU